AUGCAACAUGGAGGACGAGCCGCCAUCGCGGUUUCGCUCGCUGCUCGCUCCUUUACUUCUUCUUCUUCUGCUGCUGCUGCUGACGAGCUUGGGAGCUUCCUGCUGGUCGCCUCCAUUUGCAAGGCCUUCUCUGGCCCCCGCGGGCCCGCCGGCGGCGCCGUGCUCGUCGAGGCCGCCGCAGACGUCUCCGACGCAGUUGUGCUCCAGGUCCUCCGCCGCUCCUCGCUGCAACCGCCGGCCAAGGCUGAGUUCCUGCGAUGGGCUUCCUCUCUCCCCCACUACACCCCCUCCGCCGCCGCCUUCUCCGAGCUCCUCCGCUCGCACUGCCGCUCGGGCCUCCUGGACGACCUCCGGCCGAUCCUCCGCCUCGCCGUCUCGUCCUCCACCGGCGUGGAGCCCGACACUCUGAAACUCGUGCUCGACACGCUGAUCCGAUCCGGCCGCGUGGACGCCGCCAUCGCAGUCCUCGACGAUCUGGAGGAGCUCGGCGGUGGCGGCGGCUUCUCCCUCCACCCCCGGAUCUACAACUCCAUCGUCCUCGCCCUGAUCUGCAAGUCCCAAUUAGGUCUCGCGCUCUCCAUGUUCUGGAAGCUUCUCGAGACCUCCUCGGAGCUUGAGCGACUCGCCUGCAACGAGCUCCUGGUAGCUCUGAGGAGGGCGGAGAUGAGGGACGACUUCGUGAAGGUGUUCGACGCAUUGGCUCAGAAAGGCUUCAGAUUCGACACCUGCGGCUUCAACAUCUGCAUCCACGCAUUCGGAUGCUGGGGCCGCCUGGAUUUCUCCCUAAAGUUGUUCAAGGAGAUGAAGGAGAAGGGGCUGCCGGAGGCCGCCGCCGACAUCUGCACCUACAAUUCCCUGAUCCACGCGCUGUGCUCGGCGGGGAAGGUGGACGACGCCCUCGCCGUCUACGAGGAGCUGAAGGGAUCCGGCCAUGAACCCGACCGAUUCACCUACCGUGCUCUGAUCCAUGGCUGCUGCAAGGUCUACCGCGUGGACGACGCGGUGAGGAUCUUCAGGGAGCUGGAGUACAACAAUCUUCGGGCCGACACUCUGCUCUACAACUCCCUUCUCAGCGGGCUCCUCAAGGGGAGGAAGCUCGCCGACGCCUGCCAGCUCUUUGAGAGGAUGGUCUCCGAAGGCGUCCGAGCUUCCUGCUACACCUACAACAUCCUGAUCGACGGCCUGUUCAGAAACGGAAGGUCCGCCGCCGGCUUCGCCCUGUUCUGCGAUCUGAAGAAGAAGGGGCAGUUCGUGGACGCCGUCACGUACAGCACGGUGGCGAUGCAGCUGUGCAGGGAGGGCCAGGUGGACGGGGCGCUGGAGCUGGUCGAGGAGAUGGAGGCCAGAGGGUUCACUGUGGAUCUUCUCACUGUGUCGGCUCUCCUGGUGGGGCUGCACCAGUGCGGGAGAUGGGACUGGGCGGAGCGCCUGAUGAAGCAUGUCAGAGAUAGCAAUCUGGUUCCAUCCGUCCUCCGGUGGACGACGGCCAUGGAAGCGUCGAUGAGGCAGCAUCAGAGCAGAAGAGCAGACCAUACCCCCUUGUUUCCAGCCGCCGGCGAUCUCACAGACGUCCUGGGUUGGCCGAAGCCGCCGCCUGAAGCAGAAAAAGAUACUCAAGGAACCCGCUCCGGUGAUGACUGCAACGAAGAGUGGUCUUCAUCCCCAACCAUGGACAAGCUCGCCAGUAGAACCGAGGCCAUGGAAGGUUUUUCGAGCUUCACAGUGCGCAGAGGGAGGAGGGUGCACCAGAGAGGAGGGGCCAAAGCCUUCGACAUCGACAUGGUCAACACCUACCUGUCCAUCUUCCUGGCCGAGGGGAAGCUGAGCGUGGCCUGCAAGUUGUUCGAGAUCUUCACGGAGUUGGGCAGGGCCCCUGUGAGCUACACCUACAACUCCCUCAUGAGCUCCUUCAUCAAGAAGGGGUACUUCGAUGCAGCAUGGGGGCUCCUCCAAGAGAUGGGAGGCAAGCUCUGCCCCGCCGACAUCGCCACAUAUAAUCUCAUCCUCCAGGGCCUUGGGAGGAUGGGGAGGGCGGACCUGGCGAGCGCCGUUCUCGACCAGCUGAAGAAGAAGGGCGGCUUCCUGGACGUGGUCAUGUACAACACCCUGAUACACGCUCUGGGGAAGGCGGGGAGGAUGGAGGAGGUGAACCAGCUGCUGAAGAAGAUGGCCCGGGAAGGGAUAAACCCAGACGUCGUCACCUUCAACACUCUGAUCGAGGUCCACGCCAAGGCGGGCAGAGUGAGAGACGCUUACAGGUUCCUGAGGAUGAUGCUGGACGCGGGCUGCUCACCGAACCACGUCACAGACACAAUUCUGGACUUCCUGGAGAAGGAGAUCGAGAGGACGAGGUUCCAGAGGGCGUCGAUGAAGUUGGGGAAGAAUGGCGAUGACUAA